AGGGUGGGAGGGGGGAUGUUGAGGGCGAGGGAGAACAAUAAUAAGAUCGUGUUGGCGGCCGCUGCCUGAGGAGGAAUUCAGAGCGAAACCCAUCCGCGCCCUCACCGGGCUGGGAAGGGAAGCCCGCCGCCGCCGCCGGCGGGGGGAUGAGGCGGGCGACGCGGCGGCUGUGACCAGCGGGCGGGCUCGCCUCCGCAGCUCCAGGAAGGAGCGAAGAGCUGCGGAGCCUGAGCCGCUGAGACGCGCUCUCUCCUGGACGCCGCGGGGUGACCGCGCGGUGGCCGCUGUGUCCCCUCCCCCACUGUCGGGGGCUGUGAUUUGCCGGGGCCUGGUCCCCGUCCCCCUCCCCCCGCCCCGUCCUCCCGCCCCGCUCCCCGCCCCCUCCAUCGCCGAGGCUCCCGCCGCCGCCGCUGCCGCCGGGGGAGAGAGGAGGCAUCGCCCGGGCGAGUGCUGCUGCCGCCGCCGCCGCCGCCGCCGCCUCCUCCAAAGCCGCUUCCCUUCCCUUCCCGGCUCCGGCCCCGCCUCGCCCCGUCGCUUCCCUUGCCGUCCCGGCUCCGAGGCCGGGGAGGGGGGCGCGCGGGGCUCAGCCCGCAGGGGGGCGGCCCCCCGGGAUCUUCGGCGGCAGCGUUUCAGGGAAGCAGAGGCGGCUCCGGAUGGCGCGUCCGCGGCCCCGCGAGUACAAGGCGGGGGACCUGGUGUUCGCCAAGAUGAAGGGCUACCCGCACUGGCCGGCCCGGAUUGAUGAACUCCCAGAGGGAGCUGUGAAGCCUCCAGCAAAUAAAUACCCAAUCUUCUUUUUUGGCACCCAUGAAACAGCAUUUCUGGGACCCAAAGACCUUUUCCCAUAUAAAGAAUAUAAAGAUAAGUUUGGAAAGUCCAACAAGAGAAAAGGAUUUAAUGAAGGUUUGUGGGAAAUAGAAAAUAAUCCUGGAGUCAAGUUUACUGGAUACCAGGCAAUUCAGCAACAAAGCUCUUCAGAAACUGAGGGAGAAGGAGGAAACACUGCAGAUGCCAGCAGUGAGGAAGAAGGUGAUAGAGUAGAAGAAGAUGGAAAAGGCAAAAGAAAGAAUGAAAAGGCUGGCUCAAAACGGAAAAAAUCAUACACUUCAAAGAAAUCCUCUAAGCAGUCACGGAAAUCUCCAGCAGAUGAAGAUGACAAGGACUGCAAAGAAGACGAAAAUAAGAGCGGUUCUGAGGCUGGGGAUGCAGGCAAUGACACAAGAAACACGUCUUCAGACUUGCAGAAAACCAGUGAAGGGACUUAACCAACAUAAUGAAUACUGAAUAAUAAGGGAAACCACAAGAAGGUUACAUGUUUGAUUGUCUCGGGUUUGAUAUGAAUCAACACAUAAUCAUUGUUACCAUCAAUAGUCCCAGUUUGUAUGCACAUUAUUCACAUUCCUCUGUUGUGUUUGCAAAAAAAUAAGAAGACAUUUUAGUCUUUUCUAAGGAUUUUCAAUCCAAUUUCUCAUUUGGUUGCAUGAAGUUGCCCUUAACUGCUGACAGAUGAUGAUUUUUACACCAAGUUGUUCAUCUGGAUAUGUUUUACCAAUAGAAAGGGCAGUUCUUCUCAUCCUCCUCCCCUUAUCCCUACCCUUUCCCACCACUAAAUUAAAUUCAAAUCAGCAUUUUUACAAAAGAGGCCAACAGCAAAAAGUUUAGGAAUAUUUCCCCUUCAUGAGGGAACGUGGAGAUUAACUCCUAGAGACAGAAGUGUAAAUUACCACAAGGCCAUUCUUUUGUUCGUGGAUUGGAAACAAAAGCAAAAUUGUUCUUGGAUUCAUGAGGCCAAGUGCGAAAUAUUCAAUAAUGUUGUAAAAUACCUAUUCCUUAUUAGAAAUAGCUAGCUGAGAGCUAAUACUUCUCAAAAAAUCAUGCUGUUAUGUACACAAAUUCACUUAGUUUCUAUCUGUGAUGUUCUUAGUCUUUUGUGUUCCUAAUUUAGAUUAAGACAAGGACUUUUUUUUUCCAAUACCAAUACAACUUGAACUAAUUACUCAUGUAUCAGAUACCUUUCAUUCUUAAGCCUGUUUAUGAUACAGCAGCCCUAUGGGAAACCAAAACAAAUCACUGACUUUAAAAUACUGAAAGGCUUAAAAAAAAAAGAAAUGUAUUCUCUUUUCUUUUGGAAAUAGAGUUAGACUAGUAAAUAAUCAUUCCAGAACCAUUAUGUGUACAUUAUUGUUGCAAUUGUGAUAAUAGAAAAUUUUAUUUAUUUUUAUGCCAGCUAAUAUUGUGAGAACAUAUUUAGUCGGUUUGGUUUUUUCAAUCCUUGUUAUGCUUGUCCUUGGAACAUCUUUCGCGUAUUCAAGGUUUGUAGUUGAAAAGUUUACUGUAAAAAAAAAAUCAAAAACAAAAAAAAAUGUAUUGUUUUUACAGAAUAAAUUUAUUGGAAUGUGUAUGGGAGUAAGAUUUGAGGUUGUAAGCAACUGAGCUAGUGUCAUUUGGCUUCAUACAUGUAAUAAUGUGAGGUAUUAAUGUAACUCAGUAUUAAAGCAAAAUAUUGUUAACAAGAAGUUGACAAUAGAACCAAGUGCAGGUGAGGUUUUUUGUACGUUUUCUGGGAAAUAGGGUUAUUAAUUUAUUAAAAACAUAUUCAGCCUAGCUUUGAAAAUACUGAAAAAAAUGGAUGCAUGACCUGCAUGUAUAAGAUAUUACCACAACAAAUGCACUCUUAGUUUCAUAUAUGUCACUACACAUGUGCUUUGGCUUCUUAUUUUCUUUUGGUUUUUCUUACCCUACUACUGAAGAGACUGUAGGGUAGGACUAGAGGGUGAGGAGGGUGGCUACGUAAAGAAGUAAGAAGAAGGAGAAAUACCAAUGGCAAAUCAGGUACACUAUAGUCAUGGUGGUGUCUAAGAGGUAUGAUGUACUUACAUUUAACCAGACACUCAAAUGGAAUUUCUUGACACAUUUUCUGAUCUAGAUCCUUGUUCUCAUUGAUAAAAAGUUGAACCUUUUCAUAGGCUCACACAUACACAUUUACCAGUACAGAACAGGAAUGAGGUCAUAGGAAGUAGGUAAGGAAGGUAUUCCAGAUUUCUUUAAGAGUGCUUUAUUAAAUUUUACUUUUAAUUAAGGUGCAUUAAAAACUAAAAUCCUUCAAAAUUUCAGGAAAAUGCUCACACUGAACUAUAAAUGUGAUACAGAUACUUGUAAUCAGAAGUUCAAACAAAGAAAUUUAAAAAGAAACAAAAGGGAGUACUAUGGACAACAGACCAUGGCUUGACAGAAAUAUGGAAAAUGUUUGCAAUAAAAACUUUAAUAAGAGAUUUUUUUCACAAGAUAGAGACCAAACAUUUUAUUUCAAUUACAAAUAUACAUUGAAUUAUAGUAGAAGAACUCAUUACAAAUAGAAAUGUAGAAACUUCAUAAAGGGAAGAAAUUUUAGCAGGUCCUUCUUCUGGAGGUGAGUUUUCCAAACAAAAACAAUAUUAACAGAAGCACUGUAAAGAUUAGUAUUCUUUAGAGGUUAGAGAGAAUUAAGAGUUUAAAACAACAUUUUCUAAAAGGAGGCGGUUUACAAUUAACAUUGUGAUUGGUAUUAGAAAAUACAAAGAUAAUUGUUCAAUUUUACACCCCCCCUCAAAUCCAUAUUUGUUAUGAAAAGGCUCUCUUUCAAUCAGUCAGUGACAAGACCACUUUUGUUCCAACAUAGGUUUAUUUUUAUGCUUCAAUGUAAUUCAACGUAGGUUUCAUUUCAUAGUAGUAGUAAUUGCUGACAUUUCAAUAAUGACAUUUGGGCAAAUAAAAUGAUGGGGCAAAUAAAAUGAUGAGAUAAUAUAAUCACUGAGUAGUAGCAAACAUCAAAAGUUUAUUCACAAAUAAUUUAGAAAAACAUUUUUAAAUCCGUUUUUACAUUUUUCUAGACAAAUUAGUUUUCCCUUUUAAAAAAAAGAACAAAUCUGAAAAUAUUACAGUACAAUUAUACAUACAGUGUAGAGCAAUAAAAUUGUGUGUACUUCAACAUACACUCUGAAAGAGAUCUUAGAUCAGUAUUCCAGUUAUAACAAAAGCCAGUAACAUAGCUACAAAAAAAAAAAAAGUGAAGUGACUUUUAUUCCUCCUUCUCAUCUGUCUUAGUUUUCAAAAAGAACUCUGGUUUGUAGACACAUCGAUAGGCCAGCAACUGAGGAAGAAUUCCAUAAACUAAGUUUAAUAUGAGGAAAAACAUUUUAGCCUCCUCAGGAACUCUGUAGACAUAAGGAGUUCUGGCAUGAAGAGAAGCACCAAUGUGGGAAAACUGAGCCUGUUCAACAUAGAAAACAAAAAUGGGUCAGCAGAAAGUGUGCUUUCAAAUGCAGGCAUAAUGAUGUAAAAAUGGUUCAGCAUUACUGUAUACAUGUGCCCUUAUGAACAGUCUUACUCUCAGACAUCUCACUUUAUAAAGAUUCAUGUUCUUUAGAAUUUCACUGAAUUUGGGGUCAUUCUUGAUGUAACUGUCCAAAUAAAUCAUACCAUCCUUGACAUGGUUAGAGUGUGGCAGCUGUGUUUUUGAACCCAUCUAAUAUUCUAUGCUAAACUCUACUAAUGACUUAAUUAUUCCCCAUAUUAACAUAAAAUUCUUAAUUAAAUCACAAGUUUUUGCUAUGGUACAUAUUCUGGAGAAACUAAGUAGGCACUUAAUUGCCAUUCACUGAUUAAAUUUUCAACAAAAAUUCCAGAAAAAGGAAAGCUAAAUAAAUGGAUUUUUUUUGUUGUUGCUGCAUAAAUAGCUAAUCAAAGAUAUAAGGAAGAGAUGCAGAGGAAGCCUUGUUUUAUUUUGUCUACAUCUGUUACCUAGUCUUUCAAGCAACUCAUUCAUAUUAAUGAGCAUAUGUAGCAAUUAACAAUCUUAUUAUAUUUACUUAUUUAUGUUUGCAAUGUAAGGAAUCUGAGAGCUUGUGUUGUACCCUAAGGUUGUCGAGGGAAUAAUUGGGAAAAACUAGCAGGGAGUUCUUCCCAGUUUGGUAGAUAAAAACACAGGCUAUCUUUUCAGGUCUACCAUUUUGCCUAUAAAUCUGUUUUGCCAGACUAGCAUGGAGUAUGGAAAAAGAAAAGGAAGUGGGACUGUCUUUGUUCUAUUGCAUACUUGCCACAGUACAUUUAAAAUAAAAGGAAAUGACUUGAACUUCCAAGAUAUCAUUCAUAAACAUGAUAGAAAAACACAUUAGAAAAAUGUUUAUUUUAAUUAGGAAGUUAAAUAACAAAAUGAGAAUAAGAAAUAAGAAUAAGAUUGGAUAUUUUCUCAAAAUAUUUUGUUACACUUAUUUGGUACUACUUCAAUGUUUGAAUUUUUGUAACCUGAGUAAACUUUAGCAUAUAAAAUUCAUGAAGAAAUUAAAUAGAAACUUGUGACUUCAACAUAAUAUCAAAGUAGACACAAACAAUACAUUUUCAACAUAAAGUUUGCCCUGAUAGGGUCAAAAAGUAAUAGAAAAAUCACUUUUAGUAAUUUAUACAUAAUUUAUUCUAUUAAUCUAACAAAUAAUACAGUAUUGGCAUCUAUCACUAAAACCUCAGUUUCUUUGUCUAUAAAAUAGAGGGGUUGGACUAGAUGAUCUUUCAAGUCCCUUGUAGCUCUAAAAUUCUACAUCUAUGAAAUGGAAAGGGAGAAACCUUUAUUUAUCAACCAACAGGUUUCUUAGUUUGCAUGUGACAAGUAUUUUAGGAAAUAGAUUUUUAAUUCUGGGUUGGAAGGUUUUUGUUUAUGGAGGCAAAAGUAAGUAUAUGAUAUCAUGAGUAGUACAUGCUACCAUGAAUCAAUGUUAGAUUAUGGUCAGAAUCAGCAUAGUGACCCAUGAUAAUAUCAAGGGCACCGGGGAGCCUGCUGAUCUCAAAUAUACCUCUCUGACUUGCCGGCCAAUGCCUGAAAUUUCACCAUAAGAGCUUCAUCAAAAUCUUGAGAAAGGUUACAUUUUAAGCUGUUAUGGCAAAUAUACCUCAGUUUCCUAAAAGCUAAUGUUUCUAGGUGGGAGAGAUAUAAAGGACACUAGAGUUUCAAGGCUGUCAGAGGGGCUGGUCUCUUAAGAGAAAAGAUAAGUAAAUGCUGGUGUUUCUAGAACCACCAAACUAAAAUAUUUAAGUUUAGUUUGUUUGUUUUUUUCCAUCUUUGCAGACAUUUUUCUGUCUCACAAAAGAACCAGAGAAUUUUGGGGGGAAAUGACUAGGCAGGUUUUGAAAGUAUUGGAAAUAAGAGUCAGCAGAGAUUUCAUGCAAGUGUUACAAUAUGUAGGGAAGCCUAUAGAAACGUUCUCUAAGUUUUUCUCUGCACUACUCAAGUACAGUUAGUACCUCAUUUUCACAAACACCAAAUUCACAGCAACAUACAAAACAAUUCAUGUGUUUAGAUUAGAUUGUAAGCCAUUUGGGCAGGUACUAUGUCUAAUGUUCUGUACAGCGCCUAGCGCAUUGUUGGUGCUCAAUAAAUGUUAAAUAAUGGCUUUGCAAUUGUCAAAAUACAAAACCAUUCUAAGAAA